AUGUCCGAAAGAGCACGCUCAAACUCGCCAGUUUCAAGUAUACAAUCUUUUCACUAUUCCAUACGGAGCGACUACCACAAUACGAACGCGGUUGAUCAUGUCAACGGAGAUAAUCAUGCAGACACCGCAUACAAGCCUGUUGUGUCGGCGGAUGUUGAAGAGACAUAUUCGCAAGACCCGAAAGCCAAAAGAUCACUAUGGGCGCUGAUCUCGGACUGGUUUGUUUUGGAGGCACUGGCUAUACUCAUAUCUCUUCUCUUACUUCUCGCCAUCAUUGUUGUCUUGUCGCAUUUCGAUGGCCAACCACAACCUUCCUGGAAUCACAUGUCGCUCAACUCGAUGAUCUCGUGGUUGAGCACGUUUUCCAAAGCAUGUGUGCUGUUCGCUAUUGGCGAGGCACUAGGACAGCUGAAAUGGGUCUGGUUCAGUCAGAAGACUCGAUCGGUGCCUAAUCUACGCACUUUCGAUGCUGCCAGUCGAGGGCCUUUUGGUAGUGCAGGGUUGAUCUGGAAUUUACGAGCGAGACAUUUUGCCGUGCUAGGAUGUCUAGCCACGAUUCUCGCAUUUGGCGUCGAUCCCUUCACCCAAAAUCUGAUUAUGUACUAUAACGUCCUGACCGCCGAUGUCUCCGAAGUAGCGAAUGUAUCGAGCAGCUUUGUGUACGAUGUCACAGGGUUGACAAUCCGUGAUGGCUUGCCACCCUACGUGGACCCGUCGUUAAAGGCGAACGUCUAUAACUCACUGCUCAAUGAUGACUCAACAAGGCCAUGGUCCCUCCCACAUUAUACCUGCAGCACCGGUAAUUGCACCUGGGGUGCAAUCGCUGCCCUAGAACUGAGCGCAAGCUGCACGAAUGUAACGAACCACCUGAAGUUCUCGUGCGGAGAAGUAGAUGACUUCUACUACGUCCCGAACUGCACCGUCAGUCUCCCAAACAGCAACACAUCUUCGAACUUUAUGUCCGGCAGAUCAGAAGGGUUUCCAGUCACAGUGGCGCUGGUAGAUCCCGAGAACGCGGAGAUAUACACAACCCCCUGGCACUGGGUCACGCAGUUCAUCGCGCCAGAAGGACUAGUAAUGGGCGCUCCAUUCAAAGCAAACCCCACCCAAUGGCAGGCCAUGGAAUGCGCUCUGAUCCCGACCGUCCGCAGCUUUACAGCAGAAGUCAGAAGGGGCGUAUAUAAAGAAAAGACCCUGGCAACCUGGACCAACGGCACCUAUGAAAUCGACCCAUCGCCGGGAUAUUUUAUCCGGCCGCCUUGGGGACCGGAGAUGGGAAUGGAACGGAACCAAACCUUCGAGAUAGGACCGUUGCCAAUGCAAGCGAUGGGGAAGUUCUUCGAGGACAUCUUCACCGGUCAUGCGUGGACGAAUGCUCGAUUCGGGAUCCAGUUUUCGUCCCCCGGUGGUACCUAUGCUGGAGCGGAUAUCAUCCAGGCUAUCGCUUAUUCGGACAUGACUGGCUGCACCGUCCGCACGGCGGAGAGACUCGAAUGCAUUAUGAAGAAUGUUGCCGAGGCAGUUUCGAAAUCUUUCCGCGACUCGGCGGAUAUUGCCAGUGGCGCGGGGACGCAUAUGGUGGUCGGCCAGGCCAAGACGAUUGUGACCUACAUUGCUGUCUUUUGGCAGUGGAUGGCGCUGCCGGCUUUGGUGUGGCUCCUGGGUCUUGCGACUGUCAUUGGUACUGCGUGGAAGAGUCAACGGGCUGACAUUCCGAAGUGGAAGAAUGAUAUGAUACCAUUGUUAUUCUUGUAUCCCGAUGGGCAGCAGCAUGGUGUCCCACGAAAUGAGGAAGAGGAAGACCGCCUCAACUUGAGGUUAUACAGAAGUGAUGAUAAAAUGGUCCUUGGUGGAUCGCCUAGCUAA